AUGUUGACCUUACCGUUUGAUGAGCCAGCAAUGAGGCCAGGGACCGGGACCCAGUUUGGGGCCAACUUCCCUCUAGACUGCGUGCGCGAGAUCAAGGUCAGUAAACAAGAACCUUUCCUAAAAGCAGCCGAUACCAUCUCCCAGACCCACAUCAAAACCACGGAGGAUGAGUUAGAGUCGGAGAGGGAUGAGGACGAGAGAGAGGAGCUAGGCCAAGAAGACGAGGACGUGGACGGUUUACCAGGAAGGAGGAGAGGCCCACGUAAAAAGAAGAUGACCAAGGGGCGCGUGGACAGGGUGAAAAUUCGGCGCCAGGAGGCCAACGCGCGCGAGCGGAGCAGGAUGCACGGGCUGAACGACGCGCUGGACUGCCUGCGCAAAGUCGUGCCCUGCUACUCCAAGACGCAGAAGCUGUCCAAGAUUGAGACUCUCCGACUGGCCAAGAACUACAUCUGGGCGCUGUCGGAGAUCCUCAGCACCGGCAAGAGACCCGACCUAUUGGCAUUUGUCCAGGCGCUCUGCAAGGGACUGUCUCAGCCAACCACCAACUUAGUGGCGGGCUGUCUCCAGCUCAAUGCCAGAAAUGUCAUCACGGACCACAACGGAGAGACAUCUUUCACUGGUAGGUCCCCAUUCGACGCUAUGUACCCUGCGCCUUAUCACAGUUCCACCGAGGCUGUAGCGUCUUCAGGCCACGGCAGCAGCACCAUGGACAGCGCCAAACCUUUCAGACCAUUUAGCUCCUACUGCAGUGCCUAUGAGUCCUUCUACGAGAGCACGUCCCCAGAAUGUUCGAGCCCUCAAUUCGACAGUGGUGCUCUGAGCCCUCCAAUCAACUUUAACGGGAUAUUCUCCCUAAAGCACGAGGAGCCAGCGGACUAUGGAAAGAGCUGUCAUUACGGUAUGCGGUACUGCGCGGCGGUGGCGGGUCGCAACUCCCUCGGUCAGAACUCAAUGUCACGGGGGUCCUCUGACAUCCGGGAUAUCCAUGUCCCCUAUGACAUCCACCUCCGCAGCCAGUUCUACCCAAUGCAGGAGGAACUAAACACGCCCUUUCAUAAUUGAUAAGAGAAAAGUCAAAUGUGACCAGCUUAUAGUGGAGUAGCCUAAUUAGGCUAAAAUACAGAACCCACAC